AUGGACGACCUCCGCAUCGCCCGGAAGGCCAAGGGCGCCCCCGCGCCGGCCGCCGCGGCCGUGCCCGCGGGCGUCUCCGCGGCGGCGACGGCGUCCCCGCCGGCGGAGGUGGGCAAGUACGUCCUGGCGCAGUUUCCGCCGGACGAGCAGUGGUAUUACGGCAAGCUGAUAAAGGCCGAGGGCAAGGACUUCGUCGUCAAGUGGGACGAGCCAGAUGAGAACGAGCCCGAGUCUAAGGUGGGCGUGGACAGCAUGGUCGUGCUCCCGGAGCCCGCCGCUGGCGACAAAGUGAAGUGCGUCUGGGAGGAGGACGGCAGCUGGCACGACGGCACGCUCGUCAAGAGCAACGGCGACGGCACCUUCGUCGUCUCCUACAACGAGGACGGCUCGGAGGCCACCCUGGGCCCCGAGAAGCGAGCGGGAGAGAGCAUAGCAUCUACACUUGGUGCUCUUGUAGACCGCGUGCAUGUCAGCUCUGGCAUGCAGCAUGUUCUGUAG